AACCCAAAUCUCGAUCGGUCAAAGGGCACCAGUAUUUUCAAGAUUGAAAGGCUUUUCUUCUUACUAAAGGAAUCCCCAGCAGUUAMAAACAUAGAAGAACUAUUUUUCACUGGUUUUGACAUCGAAAUCUUCAAAGCAACGWAGCAGACUUGAUCGUCAAGCUUCAAAAUGGCGGCAAGAUGUAGGUUCACUUGGCAGAUUCUUGGAAAGCUGUUAUGUAUCGCUCUUUUGCUUCUUCAAGGAGGUGUUYUGGAUUACUAUUUGAUUGUAAAAAGCUCGUCUUCGUAUCUUGGCUUCAUCGCUACGGACAUUGUUGUUAUAUCAGUGUGGAUWGUAAUUGUUUUCAUUGCCAAUGCACACUGUAAUGUCUGGAUGAAGUUACGUCUUCCWAAGUGUCCAAAGCUCAAACUCAUGUGGAGAAAAAGASGUAAUUUUGAUCAAGUAGAUUCACUGCAUCGGAGGGAAUACCCWGACGARYUKCCGUAUGCUUUUAUUGCKUGGUUUGCYUAUGCUGCUGUUACUCUUGUACCAGAAGUUGCUGUCAUUUUCAAAAMUUAUGCUGAUCAACUUGAAGAUGUGAAGAUUUUUCACCAAAACGUUCUCAAAAUUGCCCUUUGUAUAACACCAGUUUUGUUUCUACUAUUGGUUAAUUCACACCACAGUGCAAAUCCCCAGUCAUCAAGAAAAUGGUACGUGGACAAGCUUACAGGCGGGGUAACCCUCGAUCUUAUGGACAGUAUUGACUUCCUGGARAUUCUGUUCCUGGAUGACUUUGCCCUUAAUCUUCCAAAAGCUCUAGAAAAUGCAAUCAUUGCAUUUGCAUGUAUUAACUUCUUCUUGCCAACACUUGCAUUGCUGGAGUUGAGCAUUAAUAAGUUUGAYGGACAGGUGCGACCUGUUUCAGGCCAAGUAUUGUACUCCAUGAGCUAUAUAGUCUUGGUAAACAUGCCAUUCUUUAUCAUUCGCAUGAUUUUAUGGCUGGUUUACAACCAAGAUGUAUCUGUUUUUAUUGCAAAGAAUAUUAUCAUGACCUUUAUCUAUGCCAUGGAUAUCAAGGAAUCACUUGGGCCAUCAAAACCCAAGAAAUGUCCAACUUGUUACAAGUUAUUCCUUCCAUUAUAUUUAGACAAGCACAGAACAGAAUGCCAUCUUAAUGACAUUGAACAAGGCAACAUUACAGAGUUGCAGUUAACAGAAGACCAGGGAACAGAGAAGAAAGAAGAGACUGUUAACAUGUAAAGAAGAAAUAUUAUCUUAAGUAUUAUACCAAGUAAAAAGUAUUCUUAAAAAAUACUUCAAAAUCACAUAAAAUAAGGUCGCUUUAACUUCUGCUGUGAAUAAUGCUUAAAUAAAUGCCUGUUCAUUUUUUUAAUUUUCUWCUUUUGCCAAACACAGGCAAUUAAAAAGUUUCGUUGAAGUAUUCUCCUUUGUAUUAUAUCAAUUAUGAAUGAUCAUUGUAAAAUGGGUGUUUUAUGUUUGUUUUUUUUGGAGUAAAACGUUUUUUUGGAUGGUUUUUACGAAGAAACAAACAAUAUUUCAUGUAUUUUUGCUUCUUCGUAUUGACCAUUCAGGAAAUCCAUAUAAAAUCACUCAACCCCAACUCAUACAGCUAUAAAAGUAAAUUUAGUUCACAAUUCUGUCAAUGCAAAGAUGAUUGGAAAACAGAAAGUACUAUAACAGAUAUAUCUAAWUUAUGUAAACAGCUACGAAUACACUUAUCAUUGUUUUAAAAAUUGUACUUUUUAGUAUUUUCUAUGCUUUAAUUGAACCAGUUUGAACUGUA